AUCCAAUUUUUUCUUUAUAUAAAAAGGAAUUUUCCAGCAUAAAUAACGCAGUUUAAUAGUGUUUUUUCAUCAUGAAGUUAUUGGUGUUUGUACUUGGUUUUGCUGCUUUAGCAGCAGCUGUACCUAUUUUAAAAGAUGAAAAGACAUAUCCUCGAUUCAUCGAAUUCCCCGACGGAGACGGUGUAAUGCACACGGUUGAUCUAGAAGCUGAACCAGACAUGAAACUUCUGGAAGAUAUUAACAGAAAUCCUGCUAAUAACCGUUAUCUUCUUUAUACCAGACGCAACUCCAGAAUUUCACAGACUUUAGUUAUUAACGACGCCAACUCUGUUACGUCAUCGAACUUCAACGCACGCCUUCCCACCGUAGUCGUUGUUCACGGUUGGCUGAGCAAUCAAUUCACUAGUACGAAUGCUAUGAUUCGAGACGCAUGCUUGGGUAAGAGUGAUGUUAAUGUGAUUGUUAUGGAAUGGAGGCGACUAGCGUCGUCUGAUUAUGCUACCGCUGUGAGGGGGGUGCCUGCAGUGGGCCGCGGUCUGGGGCAAUUCCUAACUUUCCUCAACCGAGUGACGGGCGCGCCGUUCAACACAAUGCACUUAGUUGGAUUCAGUUUGGGUGCUCAUGUUGUUGGAAACGCUGGAAGAGAAAUUGGGGGAAGAGCAGCACGUGUUACUGGUUUGGACCCUGCUGGACCACUAUGGAAUUACAACCAAAACCGUUUGAGACCCAGUGACGGUGUUUAUGUCGAGGCUAUACAUACUGACGGAGGAACCGGAGGACUGGGUAUUGGAUCAGCUGUUGCUAAUGCCGACUUCUUUCCUAAUGGUGGCAACUCACAACCGGGCUGCUUAAGUAGUUUAUGUAAUCAUAUGCGUGCUUGUGAACUGUUCGCUGCGUCUGUCACCUACAAUCACCUUGUCGGUCGGCAAUGCUCCAGCACUGUACAAAUCACUUUGAAUACAUGUACUGGAUCUAGAUUGAACAUGGGCAACGAUAUUAUAAAUAAAUCCGGCACCGGAUUGUAUCGCGUGAACACAGGCAGAAGUCAUCCUUUCUAGUGAUUUCGACAAAAUAAAUUUAUUUUGAUUACCAACAAGAAAUAAACGCUGAAUGAUUCACAA